AAAAAGUUCAGAGUACGUCAGUCGUGGCUUCUAGGUAGAACCGGAUCAACGGCAACACACAACCACGUACUUCUCUGGUUUUUAGACGCGCUACAAAGACCAAUCUCCUCUCUUGUAUUUCACUCUUUUUUUUUUCACUCACGUCAAAAGUCACAAUGUUCAACGUCGCGCGCAAUCGAGUCCUGGCCUCGGCCAUCAAAACUUCUCCCAGACUCCCGGGCCUCGCCAGGCCAGCUUUCGCCCAGCAACAAAAGCGAGCUUUGAGCAUCCACGAGUACCUAUCGGCCGAACUUCUCAGCAAAUAUGGCGUUCAAGUUCCCGCUGGUAGGGUCGCCAAGAGCGGCGAGGAGGCAGAGCAGGUCGCAAAGGAGAUCGGCCACGACGACAUGGUCAUCAAGGCGCAGGUUCUCGCUGGUGGCCGUGGUAAGGGUACUUUCGACAACGGCCUGAAGGGAGGUGUCCGCGUUAUCUACUCCCCGACCGAGGCGCGCAUGUUCGCUGAGCAGAUGAUUGGUCACAAGCUUAUCACCAAGCAGACCGGCGCUCAGGGCCGUCCCUGCAACGCCGUCUACAUCUGCGAGCGCAAGUUUGCCCGUCGCGAAUUCUACCUUGCCAUCCUCAUGGACCGUGGCUCGCAGAGCCCUGUCAUCGUUUCCUCGUCGCAAGGUGGUAUGGACAUUGAGGGUGUCGCCAAGGAGAACCCGGACGCGAUCAUCACCACUCAUAUCGAUAUCAACACUGGAGUCACUGAUGAGACUGCACGCGGCAUUGCUCAGAAGUUGGGCUUCAGCGAGCAGUGCAUUGAGGACGCCAAGGACACCAUCCAGAAGCUGUACAAGAUCUUCAUCGAGAAGGACAUGACACAAAUUGAGAUCAACCCUCUGUCCGAGACCUCGGACCACAAGGUUAUGUGCAUGGAUGCCAAGUUUGGCUUCGACGACAACGCCGAGUUCCGUCAGAAGGAGAUCUUCGAGAAGCGUGACACCACCCAGGAGGACGCCGAUGAGGUCCGUGCCGCCGAGUCUGGCCUCAACUUCAUCAAGCUGGAUGGUGAUAUUGGCUGCUUGGUUAACGGUGCUGGUCUUGCCAUGGCCACCAUGGACAUCAUCAAGCUGAACGGUGGUUCUCCCGCUAACUUCCUUGACGUCGGUGGUGGUGCCACCCCCGCUGCUAUCAAGGAGGCCUUUGAGCUCAUCACGAGCGACCAGAAGGUCUCUGCCGUCUUUGUCAACAUCUUUGGUGGUAUCGUCCGUUGCGACCACAUCGCCAACGGUCUGAUCAACACCGUCAAGACCCUCAACCUGAAGGUUCCCAUCAUUGCCCGUCUUCAGGGUACCAACGUCGAGCAGGCCCACCAGAUCAUCAACGACUCGGGCAUGAAGAUCUUCUCGAUCGACGACCUGCAAAGCGCAGCUGAGAAGGCUGUGCAGCUGUCAAAGGUUGUCAAGAUGGCUCGUGACAUCGAUGUCGGCGUUGAGUUCACCCUGGGUAUCUAAGAAAAGCAAUACCCUACAUUAUAGACUGAAUCACUUCCUCGUUUUUACUCGCCAUAUUUGUUAUUUCUCCCGCAUCCCUCUUGUAACAACUUUUCUUGUGCACUUACGGAAUUGGCCGGCGAUGUCAACUGGAUGGUUUACAAAUCCUGAUUUAAUUGGUACCUAGACUUUGGGGCGAACGGGUGAUAUUACAUAUAUCCAUGAUUUUGCUACUGCCGAGCAAUUAAAAGCAAUAGCACUCUGUUGAUAAACAUGCACCCUGACUAUUAGC